AUGGUCCCCCACGUGGUAUCCGGUAACUUUUGUAGAUUAAACAUUUCAUGGUUACAUUUCAUUGGCUACAUUUUAGCAGAGCUCACUUGGCAGGUACCAUGGCAGCGAGCAACAUUUGCUGCACAGACAGUAGGCUUCUUGCAGGCUACAGCCGAAAAGACACAGGAAAAUUAAUGGUAGCUUGCUUCUAUCCAGCUUGCUUAUCGCAAUUUUGAGAGUAACUGGCAACAAAUGAUUUCAUUCCAAAUCCACUCACUUUUACUGACGUUUUAAAACAAAAAAUGUUCCUACUGCUGUCAGAGGCUAUAGCUAAUUCUACAACCAUGUCCUGAUGAGCAAAAUGUGCAAGAAGAGGAAAAAGCCCCAUAAUCCGAAUUAGGUGAAUCUCAGGUGAAAAGCAACGCCACAGAAGAACCGCCUCCAGAUGUACAAAAUAGCGAUGCUGGGGAAAAGACCUCUCAAUCAUAUUCUGUAUUGGAAAUGUUGUUUAUCUUUUCUAUUGCAGUGAAAAUCAUGCUGAUGCCUGAGGGACACAUGAUAACAGUUGCCUUUGAUAUUGGGCUCACCAUCAAGGAGUUGAAGUAUCACUUUACAAAUGAGCUGAAAGUGCCAUCAGAAGUAAUACAGAUCUCUCUGAGCGACAAGCCUUUCAACUAACUGCUAAUGCUUCUGAGGCCAUGCCUUUCUUGGUCUAUCUAUUAUGAUCUAUUUCUUUGUCCAUCCAGGCAGGGAGGUAGAGAACCAUGAGACCCUGAUAGAGCCGGGAGUGCAGUCUCAUGGCACCAUCCAGUAGAUUACCUCUUCUGACACUGACAACCACCCCAUCCUCCUGUCAAGCCCCAGCAGGACUACAAUAUGCCUGUCGUCAUCCCGUCCGAGUCCAGACAGGUCCUAGUCUUUCUCUAGCUCUUCCUCUCUCCCAGAGACAGAGACAUUUCAGGAUGUGGUGGUGGAGAUUGAGAGGGCCACCCGUAGGAAGGCUUUCCUGGGAGUCUACAAACACAAGGCAACAGCGGCAGAGUACCACCAUGCCGCCGUACAGACCAUGGCCAAGAGGAAACCCCACAGGGUGGUGUAGACCUUCAUCCGCGACACACAGGUGCACACACACACACACACAUACACACACACAGUCUUUUUCAAACAUAAUUUGUUUUAUGCGCCUGGAGCUGCAAAAGGUGUGCGAACAACCUUAUUUUCCUCCCCCUCAGACAGUGACGAGCCAGUCCCAGCAGUGCACCAACAGCACAUCCACCCAGAUGACCAAGAUCGGCUGCUACGUGUCCAACAUGGAGGACAAGCUCAUCUCCUCUUGCUCCUACGUCACCGUCACCCAGUACCACGACAAGGGACAGAGCUGUACAUUCUCUGAACUAUACACAGACAGACAGACAGACAGACAGACAGACAGACAGACAGACAGACAGACAGACAGACAGACAGACAGACAGACAGACAGACAGACAGACAGACAGACAGACAGACAGACAGACAGACAGACAGACAGACAGACAGACAGACAGACAGACAGACAGACAGACAGACAGACAGACAGACAGACAGACAGACAGACAGACAGACAGACAGACAGACAGACAGACAGACAGACAGACAGACAGACAGACAGACAGACAGACAGACAGACAGACAGACAGACAGACAGACAGACAGACAGACAGACAGACAGACAGACAGACAGACAGACAGACAGACAGACAGACAGACAGACAGACAGACAAGAUAGAUAGAUAGAUAGAUAGAUAGAUAGAUAGAUAGAUAGAUAGAUAGAUAGAUAGAUAGAUAGAUAGAUAGAUAGAUAGAUAGAUAGAUAGAUAGAUAGAUAGAUAGAUCUGCCUUUGUAUCUCUGUGCUCACACCUUUAUCCACCACCUAUAGGUGAUCACUCUGCAGACAUACACGCGGCACUGGCAGGCCAAGCGGAUGAAGGACCAGCCGAGGCAGGACGGGGAGCUGUGUCUGGCCUGGAUGGAGAGAGAAGGGGGAGAAAGAGGAUCAAGGCUGAGCACCACAGGAGGUUGAACCCUCAGAGCAGAGAUGACUUCACCCUGAUCUACAGCGCCCUGGAAACUAAGCAGGGACCUCCCUUUGCUGCCUGAUCUAUUUCUAUUUGUGUGUGUGUGUGUUUAAAUCCUAUAUGUGUUUGUAACAGAGUGGAGGAGAGAGGAGGUAGAGCACAUCGAUGCCACUCUAGAUGGUGCUGAGAAGAAGCCUGCUAUGUGUCCACUGCUGGUGUAG